GACACUUGCCUGCCAUUUCAGCCUCACGAGAUUUUGAGAACGCCAUCUCAAUAACGAAGGAUCGAGGUUUUCUGAGAGGUAGCAGUUUUGUUUUAGGGUUUGGAUUUAUUGAGCAGCCGCAAUCGUUAUUGAAUUUGCAGAUCGGAUUGUGGAUUGUGGAUUGGAGGAUAUCGUUAGAAGGAAAAUAAUAUUUUGUAUUUGAUCCAAGAGUUGAUGAUCUAAUGGAGUCAAAAGGUGGGAAAAAGAAGUCUAGUAGUAGUAGUAGUAAUAAAUCCCAAUUCUACGAAGCUCCCCUUGGAUACUGCAUCGAAGACAUUCGACCAAACGGAGGCAUCAAGAAGUUCCGAUCUGCUGCGUACUCCAACUGCGCUCGCAAGCCAUCCUGAUAUUCCUCCAGCGACCUCCUAACCACGUCUCCGGACGUAUCGAAAGUUUUAGUUAUUUAGGUUUUUAUUUUUUUCAACGAUUUCCUUUCCCCCGCACCUCCUUCUCUUCUUUCUCCUUGCUACUGACGAUCUUUGAAAUGGCUCUUCCGGCCUCUGCUAUUGGAUUCGAAGGCUUUGAAAAAAGGCUCGAAAUCUCCUUCUUCGAGCCGAGCAUCUUUGCUGAUCCCGAAGGAAAGGGCCUUAGAUCUCUGUCCAAAUCUCAGCUCGACGAGUUCUUACAGCCUGCUGAGUGCACCAUCGUCGCUUCCCUGUCGAACGAGCAUCUCGAUUCAUAUGUCCUGUCCGAAUCGAGCCUCUUCGUCUAUCCUUACAAGAUCAUCAUCAAGACGUGCGGGACGACAAAAUUGCUCCUCGCCAUUCCUCCCAUACUCAAGCUGUCUGAAGGCCUCUCUUUGUCUAUCAAAAGUGUGAAAUACACUCGAGGAAGCUUUAUAUUCCCCGGCGCGCAACCAUUCCCGCACCGAAACUUCUCCGAAGAAGUCGCCGUCCUCGAUAGCUAUUUCGGCGACCUCGGCUCGUCCGGCAGCCGAGCUUAUGUAAUGGGAAAUGCCGGUAAGAAUCAGAAGUGGCACGUUUACGCUGCCUGUGCCGACGAUUCUGUCGAAUCGUUCGAACCCGUUUAUACUCUGGAGAUGUGCAUGACUGGAUUGAAUCGGGACAAGGCUUCUGUCUUCUAUAAAAGUAAUUUUUCGACGGCUGCGACGAUGACUGAGAAUUCCGGUAUACGGAAGAUCCUUCCGGAAUCCGAGAUCUGCGAUUUCGAGUUCGACCCUUGCGGGUAUUCGAUGAACUCGAUCGAGGGAGCUGCCCUCUCGACUAUUCACGUCACCCCGGAGGACGGGUUUAGUUACGCCAGCUUUGAGGCGGCUGGGUAUGACUUUAAGUCUUUGAGCCUCGGCUCGCUUGUUGGAAGGGUUUUGGCGUGUUUUGAGCCGAAGGAGUUUUCCGUUUCUGUGCAUGCUGAGGCGGGUGCGGAGCUCGUAAUUGAUUUUGACGUAAAGGGUUAUGGUGCGAACGAGAGAGUUGUGGAGGAGAUGGGAGCGAACGGGUCGAUGGUGUAUUGUAAGUUUGUCGAGAGCGGCGCGCGUUGCGGGUCGCCGAAGUCGGUUCUGAGGGGUUUUGUAGAAGAUGAAGAGAAGGAGUAGCUAUGCUAUGAGUAAGGUAAUGAAGUUUGAUUGUGGUGUUUUAUGUUUUUGAAUAAGGAAGGGAAGGAAUGGUGUCUUGUUGUUAUGACAAGAAAACAUUCAUUCAUUCAUUCUUGUUGAAGUGUUUUGUUUUUUGAUGGGAUCAUUCUUGAUGAAGUUUGAUUUUGGGGUUGGUUGAAUAAGGGCAGUAGUAGUACUUUUUUUUAUUAUGGGUUUUGUAGUGUUGCUGCUACAAAGAAAGUCGUAAGAAGUACUACUACUUACUAGUCAUUGUGUUGUGUGUGUCUUUUGUUAUUUUCUGGAUUAAUAAUAGUAGUAGUAUCGUUUUCGGUUAAUUA